CGGCUAUGCUUUCCCGAGCGGGAACCUGGACCAACUAAAACGUCCGAAGUUGAGCCACCGCGAGCCAUUUCUCAAUAUAUUCUCAGUCUAUUCAAUUGAACUUGGACUGCUUGUUACUCUGUUUUUAUAGCAAAUAGCCCUGUGUCAGCCAACCCGCAUCAAGUCUGGGAACAUUCUGAUGCUGAAAAUCUCCAGGAUAGUCAGACCCAAAAAACUUCAAUUCAAACGUGCCUCGUUCGUCGCAGUGCGCCUCAGGUCCUUUUCUUUCACAUCCACAUACCAGAAAAUGGCAGACACAAAAUCAGCACGAGACCCUAUCGUUGAAGCUCUUCACGAGUUUACAACAUGUGAUGUCUCGGACGCGCUCUGCAAGCUCAAGUUCCGCAACGGAGGCUUCCUCUCGGGCCUCAUCAUGUGGUCCCCGGAACGACAAUCCGGAACGACCAAGAUUGUCGGACCGGCUUACACGGUCAAAUACGUGUCCAACGACGACCCUACGCCAAAGCUUUCAUACCACUAUAUCGACUCUGUUCCCCAAGGCGCCGUGAUCUUUGUCUCAUGCCCGCCGAGAGUGCCGAAUGCGGUCUAUGGCGGCCUGAUGUCGACUCGGGCCCAGGCAAGUGGUGCUGUUGGGUCUGUCAUAGAUGGCCGCUUCAGGGAUGUUCAGGAGCAUAGGGAUCUGAACUAUCCGAUCUUUGCGCGCGACACAGGGACAUCGCCACCCGCUGAGCUGGUCAAGGUGGUCGGCGUCAACGUCCCGGUGAAGCUGGCUACGAACGAUCAGGACAUGACGGUCAAUGCGGGCGAUUAUCUGAUCGCGGACCUCAACGGCGUGGUGGUGUUGCCUAAGGCUCUAGCCGAGCAGGCAUUGCCUCUGAUGAAGAAGCAGGUGGAGGCGGACUCCAAGAUGGCAGAGGAAAUCAAGAAGGGGAUGUCGUUUACGGAGGCGAGCAAGAAGUUUAGAAAUUAAGGCUAUGAUACAUACUCAACCUAUGAAUGUCGCCGCCACAGGGAGCAAUCCAUGAUUUAAAGAAAAGCCACCAAGAUAAUAUUGAUCCAGUGAAAAAAGGUCCAUUUCCA